AUGACGGACCCCAGCGGUGCUCCCCAGCCAUAUCUGCAACCUCCAGUUGCCUCUUCCGGUCGCAAAGGGUCCAAGAAGGUUCGGACUGGAUGCGUCACAGUCCGCAAGGUCAAAUGCGACGAGGCCAAACCCGCAUGCCUGCGCUGCACAAAGACGGGUAGGAUAUGCGACGGGUACCUCCCCCGGAAGCCGGCUCAUGGCGAGGGUAGUCCUGGCUCUGACAUCGUCGCCCGCCUGAGCCCAUCCGUGUCUCCGUAUGCCGACUGGGUUGGUGGCACGCGAGAGCAACGCGCCUUUGACUUCUACCGUAAUUUCUCGGCCCCGGCCAUAUUUAGCGACGGAGGCGGCGGCCUGACGUUAUGGAAGAAGCUCGUCCCACACUUCUGUCAUGCCGAGCCCGCCAUCCGUCACGCGGUGCUAGCAAUCAGCAGCCUGCACGAGUCUCUCUCGCAAGAGACGUCCGCAGAUUCUGCCUCUGGCGACUUCCUUGCUCCCGUGAGACGAAGGGGCGUGGUCUCCAAUACCUUUGCCGCAGAACAAUACGGCAAAGCUCUCAAGUGUUUGCAGGAAUGGAAGCCUUCCGAGUCGGCCACUGUGACGGUGCCGUUGUUAGCGUGCCUGCUCUUCAUCUGCAUUGAGUUCAUGCUCGGCGAUGAGAAGGCAUCACAAGUCCAUAUCAACCAAGGUCGCUUGAUCCUUGCACAGCUCGACACUACAACGGCCGGGAGCGACGUCGACGUCAUCAAGAAGCACUUUGUGCCGAUAUACAGCCGCUUGAGCCUUGCCUCGUUUUUAUUUGGUACUAGGCCUGCCGAGAUACCAUCCAACCUGCGCUCCAGCUCCGCGACAAACAAGUUCUUCGCAUCAGUCGACGAGGCCGAAGUCGCACUUUACGAGCUAGUAGACGAUGGCCUAAGAUUCAGCAAUAAGGCCAGGAGGACUGUAUACAUGCGUGUGUCAAUAGAUCCAGACCUCCAAACCCUGCAGCGGGAGCAGGAAGACAUCCUGGCAAGAUUCAACCGCUGGCACAUCGCCUUCACUGUUGUUGCUGCCUUAGAAGAUGCCAAAAAAGCCGGAAAGCUUUGCUCGGUGUAUUACCACACGGGCAAGAUUUGGGUCGGCACCGCCAUGUCGCCUUUUGAGACGGCAUACGACGACCAUAUCGCCUCAUUCGCCGCCAUCAUCAGCCUAUGCUCGGAGCUCAUCCACGCUUCUAAAAAGUCCGCCCGAGAUCCGUCCAAGGCAGCUAUGUCGACGCCAAAGUUCGUCUUCGACACUGAGAUCAUCCCGCCUCUCUACUACACCGUCGCCAAGUGCCGACACCCGAUGCUCAGGAGAGCUGCUGCUGAUCUGCUGACACAAGACGCCGUCACAAACCGCAGAGAAAACCUUUGGGACGCGCGGAUGAUGGCGGAGAUUGGCAGACGGAUCAUGACCAUCGAAGAAAACUCCGUACGUCGCGACACGUCCGACCUCGGAACCACGAAUUGGGACGCACGUUCAUGUGCUGGCUCAGACGAGUGCGCCGACCAGGCAGCUCGAGCACCAGGCUUCGUUUACGAGAUUGCGGUUCCGUAUAUGCAGUACCCGGGACUCACUAGAGAUGCGUAUCAUCAUUACAGCGAGCAAUAUCAGGUAGUGAACGGGCUUGGAGGAAGCAGGCAAACGUCACCCGGAUCAGUCUCUACGAAAGCAUCGACAGGGUCGUCGUCGAGCGGCAGCAACACCAGCUGGGGCUCAGGGCAUCUGGAGACACCGUUCAACUUACCCGAGUACGCAAGAGUCAAGAAUGCCCAGAUAGAUAACGAGUCACUGCACGGAAGCUGGGUCACCGUAUUUAUGGACCCCGAAGAGGCAGGGGCGCAGCAUUGGAAGGUGACGAAGGAGUUUGUGAGGGUAAAGUGA